CAGCUCGCUUUAACAAUACCUGCCUACUCAGGACACUCGUAAAGGCGUUGGGCCAUUCACUUCAGUCGGCACCCUCACCGGAACAGAGCCGACGGAGCUCCGCCGCCGCGCUAGCGACGGAAUGAUUCGCCGCGGGAUGUGAAGCGGCCGUCGUCUCCGGUCGACCCCCAGCUCAGUUUUCGGGGGGAAUCCGACUCUCCGACCAUCUUCUGCAACCCAAUUUGUAGGGUUUCAGCUUGCUCCCAAUUGCAUUUCCAGAGUUGCCCUCAAUGGCAGAAACCGAACCAGUUUCUGGAGAUGAUACUGUAACUUCCUUGAUAGAUCAGCUGAGCAAGGCACUUCUUGAACUGGAAGCCUGUAAGCGCGUUUCUGAGGAGAAAGUUGCAUGGAAUGAAAUUGAGGAGCACUUCCGCAACCUUGACGCUAUGUUCAGAAAAAAGUUUGAUGAGCUUGAGGUUAAAGAGAGAGAAAUUGCGGCGAAAACAGUUGAGACUGAGGCAAGUUUGGCAGAGAGAGAGGCGGCUAUUGCGGCAAAGGAACAGGAAAUGUUAGAUCGAGUGCAGGAGCUAAAAAAUGCUGCAGUUGCUGCUAUCAUAAAUUCACGCAUGAAUCACCGAGAAUCUAACGCUGAGGCAGCUGAUGAUGGCAAUAUCAAAGAUGGCAAGGUAAGUGGCCCUCUUAGCGAUGCAAGUACAAAAGAGGAUAUUUGUCCUAGUAACAUUGAUGAAGCUGAAGGCUUGACUGAUGUCAAGCCUUGUAUAGAGCUGAUACAAUUUUGUGAGCAGAUGGAUGCAAAAGGGCUUCUGAAUUUUACUUUGAAGAAGCAAAAUAACUUAAAUGCUAUUUUUCGGGAACUUUCUGUUGCUCUACGAUGUGCAACAGAUCCGGCCCGUUUGGUGCUGGACUCACUGGGGGGUUUUUACUCUCAAGAUGAGACAGACCAACCAGAAAAUAGGGGGGAUGCUGCCCUUCAGGGCAUGCAAAAAUCCUGUAUUACCUUUAUGGAAGCCAUGGCCACCUUUUUGGCGGGGGUUGAAUCAGGUGCUGAUCACCUUCUGAACCCUGAAAUAAAGCAGCAAGCCAAGGCAAUUGCUGAUGAGUGGAAGUUUAAGUUGUUUAGUGAUGGCACUAAUGCUGUCGAUGGGAAUGCAUUAGAAGCAGAAGCAUUUUUGCAGCUCCUCUCGACUUUUAAUAUUGCUUCAGAGUUUGAUGAAGCUGAACUCUGCAAGCUUGUUCCCGCAGUUGCUCACCUCAGGCAAGCUCCUGAGCUUUGCCGUUCUCUUGGGUUAACUGAAAAAGUUCCAGGUGUUGUUGAGUCUCUUAUCAAUAGUGGGCGGCAAAUCGAUGCCGUACAUCUUAUACAUGCUUUUCAGCUUACUGAAAGAUUUCACCCAGUGCCCCUCUUGAAGACAUACUUGAAGGACUUGAGGAGAAAUUCGCAGGGGGCAGGUGCAAAGUCGGAAGGUGCUGCUAUUGCAUCGAGUCAAGCAAAUGCACAAGAACUUGAGGCGCUCAAGGCUGUGAUCAAGUGUGUCAAAGAUUAUGGACUUGAGGCUAGUUACCAACUAGAUCCCCUCGAGAGAAGAGUCGCUCAAUUAGAGAAAGCAAAAUCCGACAAGAAAAGGGCUGGAGAGCACGGGGGGAAUCAAAAAUCCAAAAAGCCAAAGCCAAAUGGAGGAUUUUAUAAAUCUCGUGCUCCAGGAGCCAAUGCUAUUGGUAGGCAAGUUCCCGCCUUCAGCCAAAAUGCGCCGUACUUGGGGCCAGCGGUGAGGUUUGCACCAAAUUAUCAACUUCCGGGGCAGUCUGAGUAUGCUUAUCAAGCUAGUGAUCAAGGACUACAGCACACCCAUCAUGACAGGUUUGCAGCACCCUCUUACAACUCCACUGUGCCAAAAUAUGGUGCUCAUAUCCGUGGUGGUUUGCCGUCUUCACACCAGCCAUACUCGUGAUUACCGGAUUUAGCACCUGUUUGGUAGGUCUGGUGUUACUUAUGGUUUGACGGUCAGAGCUAACUUUGUAUUUGCGACGACACGAAAGUGUCUUUGAAAGCUCCUUUUGUAAUGCACAUGUGAUGGACCUCUGUAAAAGAAGGGAAAUCUAUCUUCUUUUUCUGGAUAUUACUCACAUUGAGAGGCAAGACUAGGCAAUCAUGGGAAAGAAACUCUGGGUUACA